AAAGAGCACGAAUUGCACGAAUCGGUAAAUCGCAACAUACGAACCCAUCUUCUCUCCUACUCCUGCUACGAAACCCUUCUUCACCAUUUCUGCAAAUUGCACCGUUUUCAUCGCUUCAUCAUUCCAUAACCGUCUCACCAUCAGAACAACCAGUUGCCGUAAAUAUCACCGUAGCAUUUGAAGAAGCUGUUGAAACCGUAACCACUUAACAUCUCUUCAAAUCAUUGCUGUGCCCUAAUUUCUUAGACUUAUGUGUUCGCUUUAAAUAAUGGAAGAAAUAGUUGCACCUUCUGAUAAAGAGGAGAUAAAUGAAGGAAAUAAAAAACGUGAUGAUAUUUUAGAUGCAAUUGUUGCUUGUGAAGAUGAAGAACCUAGAACUGGUAUGACAUUUUCCUCUGAAGAAGAAGUUACCAAGUAUUACACGAAUUAUGCGAAACGUAUGGGUUUUGGAAUUGGAAAAAUAAGUUCAAAAAAUGGAGAUGAUGGAAGGAAAUAUUUUACUCUAGCAUGUAGUUGUGCGAGAAAGUAUGUGAGCACUUCGAAGAAGAGGCCACAUCUUACCUCAAAAACAGAGUGUAGAGCUAGACUGAAUGCAUGUAUAUCUUUAGAUGGAACAAUUACUGUUUCAAGAGUUGUCCUUGAACAUAAUCAUGAACUAGGUCAAACCAAAGGACGAUAUUUUAGGUGCGACGAUAGUUCAGGGCCUCUGAUUAAAAAGAGUUUAGAAGUUAAUGAUCAAGUUGUGGUCAAUGGAAGCAGAAGUCUUCAAUCUGUGACUGUUGAAUCUAAUGGGUGUGAGAAUCUCAUUUUUGGUGAAAAAGAUUGUAGAAACUAUGUACAUAAAGUAAGACGGCUAAAACUUGGGAGAGGAGAUGUUGAAGCAAUUCAAAACUUUUUUGUUAGAAUGCAAAAGCAAAAUAGUCAAUUUUAUUAUGCAAUGGAUCUUGAUGAUAGAAGGCAUUUACGAAAUGUAUUUUGGGCAGAUGCAAGGAGUAGGGCCGCAUAUGAAUGUUUUGGUGAAGUCAUAACUUUCGACACCACUUAUUUAACGAAUAAAUACGACAUGCCAUUGACCCCUUUAGUUGGAGUAAAUCAUCAUGGUCAGUCUAUUUUGUUGGGGUGUGCAAUAUUGUCAAAUGAGGAUACCGAAACUUUUACUUGGUUGUUCACGAGAUGGUUAGAAUGUAUGUUUGGACACGCACCAAAUGCCAUAAUUACCGACGAGGACAAAGAAAUGAAAAAUGCAAUUGAGGUUGUGUUUCCAAAAGCCCGUCAUCGAUGGUGUUUGUGGCAUAUAAUGAAAAAGGUUCCAGAAAAGUUGGCUAGACAUUCUUAUUUUGAGUCUAUCAAAACACUUUUACAUGAUGUGGUAUAUGAUUCUUUGAGCAAAAGUGAUUUCAUGGAGAGAUGGGGAAAUAUGAUAGAACAUUAUAAACUAAAUGAUAAUGAAUGGUUGAAAGGGUUAUUUGAUGAACGACAUCGUUGGGUUCCCGUGUAUGUGAAAGAUACAUUUUGGGCUGGAAUGUCAACUACACAACGGAGUGAAAGUAUAAACUCGUAUUUUGAUGGGUAUGUAAACUCAAAGACAACAUUGAAGCAAUUUGUUGAACAAUAUGAUGAUGUAUUGAACGAUAAAAUUGAAAAGGAAAGCAUGGCUGAUUACGAUUCAUUUAACACAAUAAUUGCUUGUGUAAGUUAUUUUGGCUUUGAGUUCCAAUUCCAGAAAGCAUUUACCAAUGCAAAAUUCAAAGAAUUUCAAGUAGAGGUUGCUUCAAUGAUGUAUUGUAAUACUUGCUUUGAGAGAGUGGAGGAAUUGAAUUCAAUAUUCUCUGUUACGGAAAAUAAGAAAGUAUAUGAGAAAAUUAAAGACAUGGUGUUUAAGGUAUCCUUCAAUGAAAAAGAAUUCACAUUGCAGUGCACAUGUUGCUUAUUUGAGUUUAAAGGAAUUUUAUGUAGACACAUCCUUUGUGUGCUUAAGCUCAUUGGCAAAACAGAUUCAGUGCCACCUUAUUAUAUUUUGUCACGGUGGAGGAAGUAUGUAAAGCGAAGAUAUACCCUGAUUAAAUGUGGUUUUGAAGAACUACAACGUGUUAAUAAAGCAUGUGAUGCCUUUUAUGAAGUUGCUUCUACAAGGAUAAAUUCUGAAGAUGAUUUAUUGAAAGUGAUGAAUUGGAUCAAAGACUUGAAAAAUGUGUUGACUUGUAAAGAACCAUCCUCCAAGAUCACAGGAGAACAUAGUUCAAUUCCAAAUCAUGUGACUAGAAUUCUUGGUCCAACAGUCGCUCAAAAUAAUGGACUUCCUCCUUCAAAAAGGAAGACCUCUAAAGUUGAUCAAAUUUUGAAGAAGAAGCUUGCAAUAAAGCGAUCUCAAGAGAACAAUCAGGAAAAUACAAUUGAUCAAAGUCAAGAAGAGGCCUUGUGUAGACCUAGAGUUCAAGAAAUUGAAAAUGAAGAACAUCUUGGUGAUGUAAGCCAGGAUCCAUAUUAUCCUCAAGUCAUAAACCACAAUAUUUCCUGUUGUGAACUUUUACAGGCACAACACCUUAUGAAUGAUCAACCAUCAUCAUAAAGACAUAGAUCAACCACUACUGGACAUGGCAGUUGUAGUUUUUACUUGUUGAAAGAAGUGGAUUGCUUUGGCAUAUAUUUAGCUAUUUCUUUUACCAUUUAAAUAGAUAUAUAAAUAGAUAUGUUAAGAACGAUUUUGAUGUUGAUGAUGUUAGAAAGAAUAUUAUUAAUUGUAUUGAAACUUGAAGGCGACGAAGUAUCUAUCUAUUUUCAAGACAUUUAACAUUCAAAUAUUAAGCAAGGUAAAUACAAUGGCAGUUUGUGCAUGGUGUGCACAAAAGUUAUAUUGUGUGUAUACGCACUCAUAUAGAUAUUUGAACUCUGCAAUGUGAAA